AUGCCUCCAAGGAGAAUCAAGUGCUCCUUUGACGAGUGCAAGGCGGCCGCGCAGCGCUUCUCGGGAGACUGCACCUUCUGCGACGGACACUACUGCAACAACCACCGGCUGUUAGAAGACCACAAGUGCAGGAACCUGGACGACUGCAAGAAGGAGGCGUUUGAGCAGAACGCUAUGCAGCUAAACAAGGAACGGACCCAAGUCAUCAGGGGCGUCUAA